UACUUUGCUGAACCAAAAUUUUUCAAACUUUUACUUAAUUUGUUUGGUAGGGUGAAGUGUUUCUCGUCCACAAAACAGACCAGAACCUUCUAAUAAACCGUUCUACGAAGACAGCGUCUGACAGCAAGCACAACUUUGUGAUGGUGGAUGUACAACUAGCAUACCACUCGCCUAGUAUGCGCACUGCUCACCAUGUCAGUUAGAUAUGGUCGCCGUGCACUUCCAUCGUCAGGAGCUUCACCGAACCAUCGCCCUCUUCGUCUCCUCUCGCCUAUCUCCUCUGACUGGCCCCGGUCACUGCAGCUUCAGACUCGCAUUACCAUGCGAGCAGCGACUCGAAUAUUUUUCAUGUUUAGUUGUUGACAGCGAGCUUUUGUUCAAGGGCCCUGAGUCUGUCAGCUUAAUAUUUUGCGCUCAAAUUAUAGUUUUGUUAGUGAGCACAUCAUCGUGUAUUAUGAUGACACCACUCUUUGCUGUCGACCAAAGCGCGCAACAAGCAAAGAAGCUCGCGAAGACAAGUUCAAAACACCACUUCGUAAGGAACAAAUCUUUGGAUGAAACCAUGACUGUCCCCCGUGAUUCCCUAGAAGUGUCGAAAUUCCCUUCCGCUGUCGCCUCUUUGUCAGACUUGAGUUCAGCUAAACAAUCCAAAAACCUUGUUGAAGCAGAAGCCCCACCCAACAGUGGCACAAAGCCCAAAGUUAAGAACACUCCCGAUUUCAGUGGAAGUAGCAGCGACGACGCUGUUUUCCAUCCUCAAAAGGGUCGGGUUAAAUUCAAGUCGAAAACCGCCGAGUUGGAUGGAAACAAAAGUGUUUCGCUUAGGACACUUUCCCAGUCGUCUUCGUCGGAACUUGAGACUAGUGUUAUAGAUACAAGAUUUGGAAGACCAUUGGGCCAUCAAAGAGGAAAACAUUUUCAAAACAACUCAAAUUAUUCCAGUCAAAUUCGAUCCUCAAGUUCAUCAUUAUCCGGUUCUUCAUCGAAGAUGAGAAUCUCACGUGCCGCCAAAGAUAGUCAGCAGCGAUCGAAAUCAGCGAAGGCAGCCACAUUGAAGGCUUCUUCCCACUCAAGGCCAAUAACCUCAGCCGUCCAUACUUUAAACGAUCAGAUUCUUGCAGAGAAAAACGAUACGAUCCUUAACAGACCGCAAAACACCGAUGUGAUAAAACUUGACAAAACUUACUCCACUGUUGAAAAUGCAGCAUUUCUAAAGAAAGUCGAAGAAGUACUUUCAGAAAUUGUCGAACAAAAGAAACGUAAAAUUCUUAGUUCUCAAAGAGAUUAUUCCACUCUUAGACCGUCGAGAGGCAGUAGUAGUAAAGAAAGAAAAACGAGCCCACGAAGCUGUCAAACUUGGAUUAUUUCGAAAAGAUUCGAUGAAAGUGAUCACAAGCAGAGUUUUUCUCAUAUUAUUACAUCGCAUGGCAAUGGCAGGUUACGAACCCGUUCAAAAUCUAGUGAUUUGCUAGUGACACACGAAAGAUGUUUCACAAAACUUGAGCCAUACAAACCACGGAUCUUAAGGAAAGAUUCGGGAUGCCAAUUGAUGGAAAAAAAGGAAAUGUCAAUUAGAAAGAAUUUAUUUGCAGACAAAAAAGUUGUUGGCCAGAAUCAAAAUAAGUAUUGUGGAACUUUACUGGCAGACACGCCGCAAACUGAUGAACAAAAGAGUUCGACGAUAGAAGAAAAUUUAACCAAUACCACGAAUAACACAGAAGCCGAAGACACUUGCUACGAAAGCGAGAACGAGAUUUCAGAAUGUGCCUUAGACGUGAACAUGAAUGCUUCUAGCCCAUUGAAAACGAACUUGGGAGACCAUGCAGAAGCUAGUGUGGACAGCGCUUACACUGGGAGCAGAGGGCCGACUCCUGAUGGCCCUAAAAACCUGAAACUCAAGUCAUUGCAGCAUAAACUUCAUCACAGAGAAAAGCACAUGCAGCACCAGAAGAAACAAGGGGAUGUGAAAAGAAAGGUCACUGUAGACCAGCAAGAAGUUGAAAAUAUAAUCAAAAUCGAGGACGAAGAUAUCUCAGAAAAAAUCAAACAUGAGAUUAUGCAAGAAAUUAAAGAAGUUGGAAUCUACAGCGAGUAUGCAAUCACAACUUUACUGGAUCUAUAUAGACGAAAAUAUAUGCAUGUUUCAAGAAAACAAUUUGAUGUUAUAGCUAUUUAUAUUAAAAAUAAAUUUGGAGUCGGUCAAGAAGACACGGAAGAUAGUAAGAGCAAUCAUCCUGAACCUUCUGUCGGGUCAGGCUAUAAGAAAGGAAAUGUUAAAUUUAUUGAAGAUACCAGUCAGGUUGGAGGAUCAAGGCUUGAGAAAAAGUGCAAUGAAGUAAAAGAUUUAGAGGAAAAUUAUUUAAUUUUGCCUGCAGAGGCCUUGCACUUGCGUGAAGUCUUAGAUAAAACUAAAGACUCUAGAGAGGGGGUCAGAUGGCUGUCUCAUGACGAAAUCCUCGAGGCUAAAUGGGCUAGUCAAAUUUUAACUGAGUGCGGGAUCAGAGAUCAGUCGACAAAAAUAUUAGAAAAUGCUAAAACCUGGGAGGAGGUUGUUCAAGCUUUGGGCUUCACAAGUCCUUUCUUUAAUACCAUUGAAUGUGGCCAUGAAGAUGAUCAAGAAUGCGAAACACAAUGUGUGCCAAACGUUUUGUAUUUACCACCGUUAGAUUCUCUGCAAUGUAAUGAUACGUCCAAUACUAAACGUACGACAGUUUCCCCUGAAAACUACGACAACAAAACAGACCAGUCACUGCUUUAUUCUUCAGAACCUGCAUGCCACCCAAAAUCAGAUUUACUUGAGACGAACGAAGAUAAAACUCAAGAAAGUCCGGAGGCUCGAGACGACAUUCAAGCCCGUUUGCCCAAUCAUUCAGACAGAACAGAUUUUUCUAACAGAUUAUCCCCGGUUACAUUAACAGCCGCUCUUGAUUCAGAAUGUUUGGCAGUAAAAAAACUUGAAAAUAAUGACACAGCUUCGCAUUUGCAGGACAAUACUACGCACUUUAAAAAAGGAAAUGCGCUAUCAGAACUUCCGGUUGGCAUCGACACUGCUAAUGAAAUUUCAGACAAAAAGCAAGACGAUGAAAUUUCAUCUCAGAAAGAGGUAAAAAAAUUCUCUGACAAUGGAAGCAUACUCUUUGCCGAGUCAAACCCGAGAGAUUAUCACCGUACAAGCAAUGGUCAUCUGAGUAACCACGAAUUGAAUCCAGCCGCUGAAGCACUGGACAGUGACGACGAUUUUUUCGAAAGCCCAUUCAACUCGAAUAAAGGAAAAGCGGCAUCGAAUACUUUACAUUUUAUUAAUAAUUCACUGAAAAGUGACGACAGCGAAAAUCACACUCUGUCUUUGUUAUCAUGGAAUUCAUAUCAAACUGGAAACUCAAUACCAGAUAAAAAUACAUCUGGCCAUUUUAGUUAUAAUGCAGCAUUUGCAUCAGAAGAAGUGCGAUUGGCUAAUUCAACCGCAUCCCCUGAAAAAGAUCCUCAAAGGGAAUCCCUCGAGCCACUUUCUUUGAAGCCCUCGCCUGUAAUGCCAGCCAUCGUUUCCGAUAAUCUACUCCCCGCAAGCUAUGACGAGCUAUGCGGUUACAGUACAGUUGUAGGCCAUCAACAGGCAGCGUCGUUGGAGACUUCUGAUGUAGAAAAAUCCUGUGAUAGAUUGACAAGAAAGUCGCAGACAGUGUCUGGAGUAACGACGGAUCAGACACCAAACUUGCCACACACUGCGCAAGCUUCUUUUUGUAAUAGUUUAUAUGAUUGUCAAGAAGACAGCGGAACAGUCUCUGGACUCCAAAACCAAGGUAUUUCGUGUCAGACUCCGGAAGAAGAAAAUCAUUCGGCGGAAGCUGAUGAUCGUGAGGAUGUCGAUCCUGGACGGCUUAACGGCAAUGAUAUGCCGCAUCGAAAGCUCUGUCUGCUAGGCCAGGAUCUCUGCGGUCCUAACACGGCAGAUAUUAGGGCAUCCCUCAGCCCCACCCAGCCUUCUCUUCAGGGCAAAAUUGCUGCUCUGGCUGCUGCUUAUUCCAGUAAAACAGAAGAAGUGCCUGAUUGGCUCGUGGUAGCAGAUGAUGUGUGUAAACAGUUCGAUAUAUCACUUUAAAUCAAAAAUUAAACCAUUAGUUGACAAUACUCUUGUUGCAGGAUAAAUCUAAGGCUAUUUUAAGUCGUAAGACAUCUUGAGACUUGAGACAUUUUAGGUAGUUUCCUAGAAAAAAUAGGAUUGCAAGCGUUUGUAAUUGUGCUCGUUUAGUGGUAAAUGACACAUUUAGAUUAUUUCAGCCAAGAGUGAUGUGUUUCUAGAAAAGUAGCUCCUGCUCCUACGUCAUUCAACAAUUCUUUAUUAAAUAAUUCAAUCAAUUUAUUGCAAGACAUUUCACUAGUAGGCGCACGAAAAUUUUUUUUUUUGUUCUUUUCAUUUCAUUUUCUUUAGCAGUGACUGUUUUCAACUAUAAAAACCGAUUCCGCCUUCAGCAAACACUACCCGAUUUACGCACACGCCAAAUUUCGACCACGAGGACACACCAAUAAACGGCUAAAGAAUCGUAGCCAGCUUACCGCAGGCGUGUCGUGACACCUCUCGAGCGGCCCGCUGCCGUCAGGACAGGGUUACAGUCAUUUAACUUGUCUUCAGCAGCACAUCAACUCUCCCUGUAUUUCCAUGCUGAUGUAUUCCAUCCAAAUCGACGAAGAACAAAUUCGAGAUGACCGAUAACCAUUCUGAUUGAAAAUGUCGAAAAUGUGUGUGUCAUUCUGACGCAAAUGUCGAUUGUUAGUAGCAUUAAAUGUACUUCAUUUCAGUUAAGAAAUCAGCCGUAGUUGCCGUGGUCUUUCGUUACACCUCAAAGACAUUAGAAGGUCAAAGACAUUGGACACUCUUCUUUGUCACUUGCUUGCUUGCUUGCUUCCUAUCUCCAUGGUGUUGGUUUGGAACGCUCCUGUAACGUUUGUGCGGUAGAGGCUACAGUAAGUAAAGCAAGCCAUACGAGACGUUUGUACUAGCCGUUACGUUCUGUGAACAUUGAGAACAGCGGCCAAACACAAAUAUCUUGACGCAACAAAGUGUCGACAACUGAUGUUCAUUUUCAACAGUUUGAUCGCUAUGCGAAAAAAGUGAAAAUGGCUUUACUUUCUACUUUAUUUUUCAUUCACUAACGAUAUUGAUGAAGGCAGCGUUUCAUUUUACAUCCUGGAAACGUCAACCGUUGACGUUUGAUGUGAAAAAUAAUGAAUGUGAUAAUGUGCAGACAUAACGCGAUCUUUUAUAUUUUAGAAAGCUAUCACAUAUACCGCGUAUUUGACGUCACAUCGUGUGAAGAAAUGCAGUAACAUGGGAGAGGAAUAUUAGACGUAGAAAUAAUUGUUACUUGUGUAUUUGCCUUGGAAGUUUCACUCUUGUUGAUGUUGUUACUGUUACUGAGAGAUCAUUAAAUCGUUCAUUGUUACUAGGUGAUUAGAAUUAAUAUUUGUUGUCAUACUUGUUUACGUAUGUACUAUAUCAUAGCUGAGUGGAUAUAUUUCCUGCAUUAUUUAUAACUUUUAAUUACUCUUAAUUAUAUACAUUUAAAUUG